AUGUCCGUGAGCGAGAUCUUUGUGGAGCUGCAGGGCUUCCUGGCUGCUGAGCAGGACAUCCGAGAGGAAAUCCGAAAAGUUGUGCAGAGUUUAGAGCAAACGGCCCGAGAGAUUUUAACUCUACUUCAAGGGGUUCAUCAGGGUGCUGGUUUUCAGGACAUUCCAAAGAGGUGCAUAAAAGCUCGGGAACAUUUUGCCACAGUGAAAACACAUCUCACAUCUCUGAAGACUAAAUUCCCUGCUGAACAGUACUACAGAUUCCAUGAGCACUGGAGGUUUGUGCUGCAGCGCCUGGUGUUCUUGGCAGCAUUUGUUGUGUAUUUGGAGUCAGAAACACUGGUGACUCGGGAAGCAGUUACAGAAAUUCUCGGCAUUGAGCCAGAUCGGGAGAAAGGAUUUCAUUUGGAUGUAGAAGAUUAUCUUUCAGGAGUUCUAAUUCUUGCUAGUGAACUGUCUCGACUGUCAGUCAACAGCGUGACUGCUGGAGAUUACUCUCGACCUCUUCACAUCUCCACCUUCAUCAAUGAGCUGGAUUCUGGUUUCCGCCUCCUCAACUUGAAGAAUGAUUCAUUGAGGAAACGCUAUGAUGGCCUGAAGUAUGAUGUGAAAAAAGUAGAAGAAGUGGUCUAUGAUCUCUCCAUCCGUGGUUUUAAUAAGGAAACAGCAGCUGCUUAUGUAGACAAAUAG